UCUAACUGAAGAACCGUUUGAUUUUCAUGUGAAAGUGUAUGUCCAUGUGUUAAGUUCGCGCAAUUAAUGUCGUUUUCUAAUGUCCUAAUCAUGCGACAGCCCCAUGAGGGCAAGUGCCACAUCUGUAAGCGGGUUUUCUGUUGCGGCAAAUGCCGACAGAAUCAUCAGUUCAAGGCCCACGCCAUUGCUGUGCGGGAACCAUUGGGAUUGAGAGGCUCCAUUGGCGGCGGCGGAAUCACGGAGUACCGCCAUCAAAUGGCGUCCGGAGCGACCACUAUCUAUGUAUUCUGCCCCAUUUGCGAGCGGCAACCCCUGGUGCUCCGCGAGGAGAUGCACGGCGAGCUGCUGGCCCACAUCGAGACCUGUCACCUUCCGAUGAGAUGCCGAAAAUGCCAGCGUAACUAUACGCGCGUCGAUGAUCUGCGAGAGUUUAGCAAGUGUGUGGAUCAGCAGCAGAGCUGCACGGAGACCAGCUGCAAUGAUCUCACCGGCGACACGGAAACUUCCAAGGUGACGGUGAAGAAGGCACCAAAUACCACCGCCAUAUCGACGCAAACAUCGCCGGGCGUAACGCCCAUUUCGCUGAUCAAUAUGCGGUGGAAGGCCAAGAGCCGCGUCACCCAUGAGGAGUUCAUCAGCGACAGCGUCUCCUCCAUACGCAACCUGUCCUCGUUAAGCAACAGCUCCAUUCGUCGCUCCAUUGGCCACCUGAGCGUGAAUCCGCCGGAAACUGCGGGCAAGGGAAAGGUAAUACGAUCCACCUCCACGCCACUGCAUGUGGAAUCCGUGUUCGCCAAGCCCAAGGAGCCGAUUGUCUUCAAUGCCUCCAAUGGCGGUCAUGUGUCUAGUAUCUAUCACGAGGAGCCCAGUCCGGCUUUGGAGAGCAAUCCCGUCCAGCAGCAGCAGCAGCAGCAGCAGCAGCCGUUGCAGCAGCGCGCCUGGAAGAUGGGCGCCCGGAAUAAGAUGAGCGCCGCCACACCAUUGCGCCAGGUCAUGUCGAAGAGCAUACAGAAGGCCUUCGUGGAGCACGGCGGUAUGCUGGUCCACCAGCCACCAUCCGCGGUGAUUCAACGUCGCGUCCGCCUCGAUCUAAGCGAGCACAGUUCCUGCGAUGCGGCAGGAUCGUCCGCCCUGGACCUACGACUCUCGCCAGCCAUGCGGCGCACCCAGAGCGAGUCCAUCACCUCGGAGGUCAGCAGCAGCUCCAGCUGCUCGCGUAAUACCGAUCUCUACAAGCGUCCGUUUCUGCUGUCCGCCCAGAAACUCACCACCGAAUCGAUCAUCAUCACCCGAAUGAACUCCAACUCGCAGGAGAGCUCCUCCACGGUGUACAAUUCGUGCGAGAGUGUGGAGAUCAUACGCUCCACUUCGGAAUCGGCCGACGUCCAUGUCCAUGUGCCGGCCAUAACGCCCAUCCGUGUGACUGGCGCUGGGAUCAAUAAGAAGCAGAUCAAGUUUGAGACGCCGCCAAAGGGCGGAAGCCAGGAGUUGGUGGCGCAUGGCGAGGGCGACGAAACCAAGGAUCAGUUCUUCACACCGGAUCCUGGGACGCCGGAACGACCAGAUCGGCGUCAUCGUCAGGCGAUUGUUCCGCGCCAGCUGAGCGGUGAGUUUUCACCCAAGAAGAUGAAGGCCAAAGAGAAGGAGAUGGCGGUUUUGGCUCUGGUCUCGCCGCCAUUGCAACAGCCAAGGAUGCGUCCUCCGUUGCGCGAGUGUCGUCAGCGUAGGGUUUUUAGCGGUGUGCAGGAUGUGGGCGGGUCGGAGGACCCGGACGAAGAGGAGGACGAGGUGUUCCGGCCCACGAACGCCUCCACGCGCAACGAUAAGAAGCAGGAGCCGCCCAACUCCGGCCGUCUGUGGUCGCUGAUGACCUCCAUGAUGCGGCUGCCGGCCAGUCUGCGCGGCGAAAAGGACACGGAUAGCAGGGAUCUGGAUCAGGACAAGGAGAACGCCGGCUCGGUCUCACUUAUCCGCCGCUGCGCCUCCAUCGCUGGCUCUCUGGUGCGUCCCGGUGGCAAGGAGUCGUCCUCCAUGGACGACAACCAGAGCCUCAAGAGGAAGCGCACCCAGACGCUGGACAACCAGUACUGCAGCCCGCUGUCGCCGUCCAGCUCCUCGAAGCGCUACCGCAUCCGGCCCAGGGAGCCCAUCGAGCGCAUGCGACGCCACUAGUAUUUAAGGUUUUAUUUGCAUAUUUGUGUGUAUUGCUAUUGUGAAUUUCUUUUUUAAUAAAUGUUUGGUCUUG